GGGAAGUUGAAAGAAGGGAUAGGGAUGAAGUACUUGGACGGCCCCAUGGACUAUGCGAAAAAGCUGAAAUUGCAAUUUCGAGUAGGCGAUCUGGACUUGCCAGAACGGAGGAAGAGGUAUACCAGCCGUCGGAGAGAGGAAGAGGAGGAUAGACACACAUGUCCAUGUGGCAAAUCGGAGGAGAGUAGACCCCACAUAGUUGGGGAGUGUGAGUUGUACAGGAAGGAAAGAGAGGAUCUCGAGGAGGAAAUGAGAAAGAGAGGGUGUGACAUGGACAAGUUUGGUAAAUUAGACAACAGCGAAAAAACGAUCGCGAUAAUUGGGGAUAGAUGGUGGGCACAAGAGGCCCUAGAGGACGGGGAUAAGAUGUGCAAGAAAUUUUUAUGGAGUUUGUGGCAGAAACGUAAAGAGCUCCCAAAUGUUGGUGGUGUCUCUAGUAGGUGUAGGAACGGUGCUCCGUCUCGAAAGGGACGCGUGGUCAAUGGUCAAAUGACUACGGCAAGCAACAAAUGAGUACGCCCCCCUUGUCCUCGUUACCUAUGUUUGCUCGGCCCAGGUCUUACCUGCUCAAGGCUGACGGGAAGGUGGUGGAGAGGCCGCAGCACAUGAUCAUGCGCGUGUCGGUGGGCAUCCACAAGGACGACAUCGACAAGGUGAUCGAGACGUACGACCUCAUGUCGCAGAGGCUCUUCACGCACGCCACCCCCACCCUGUUCAACGCCGGCACCCCCAAGCCCCAGAUGUCGUCGUGCUUCCUGCUCACCAUGAAGGAGGACAGCAUCAACGGCAUCUACGACACGCUCAAGCAGUGCGCCCAGAUCUCCAAGCACGCGGGAGGGAUCGGCCUGUCGAUCCACCACGUGCGCGCGGCCAACUCUUACAUCCGCGGGACCAACGGCAGCUCGAACGGCAUCGUGCCCAUGCUGCGCGUCUUCAACAACACCGCGCGCUACGUGGACCAGGGCGGAGGCAAGCGCAAGGGCUCGAUCGCCGUGUACCUGGAGCCGUGGCACGCCGACAUCGUGGCGUUCUUGGACCUGAAGAAGAACCACGGCAACGAGCUCGAGCGCGCGAGGGACCUUUUCUACGCCAUGUGGAUCCCCGACCUCUUCAUGCAGAGGGUGGAGGCUGAUGGCGACUGGAACCUCUUCUGCCCCAACGAGGCCCCUGGCCUGAGCGACACGCACAGCGAAGAAUUCAAGGAGCUGUACGAGCAGUACGAGGCGAAGGAAGGACUCUCUCGCCGCACCAUGAAGGCUCGCCUGCUGUGGGAUGCGAUCCUCGAGUCUCAGGUGGAGACAGGCACCCCUUACAUGCUGUACAAGGACGCGUGCAACUUCAAGAGCAACCAGAAGAACCUGGGCACCAUCAAGUCCUCCAACCUCUGCACGGAGAUCGUGGAGUACACCGCUCCGGACGAGGUGGCCGUGUGCAACCUGGCGUCCAUCAACUUGUCGGCGCUGGUCAUCCCCCCGACGGCUGAGACCACCAAGGCCACGUACGACUUCGAGAAGCUUCAGCACAUCUCCGAGGUCGUGACCCGCAACCUGAACCGCGUCAUCGACGCCAACUACUACCCCAUCGAGGAGGCGCGGAACUCCAACAUGCGCCACAGGCCCAUUGGCAUCGGGGUGCAGGGUCUCGCGGACGCCUUCAUCAAGAUGCGCUUGCCUUUCGAGUCGGAAGAGGCGUGCAAGCUCAACCGAGACAUCUUCGAGACCAUCUACUUCGGCGCCGUCAACGCCUCCGUCGAGCUCGCCAAGGAGCUAGGCCCGUACGAGACGUACGCCGGCUCGCCCGCCUCCGAGGGCCUCCUCCAGUUCGACCUUUGGGGCGUCAAGCCCACCGGGAGGCACGACUGGGCGGCCCUCAAGGCCAGGAUGGCCGAGCACGGCCUCAGGAACUCCCUGCUGGUGGCGCCGAUGCCCACCGCCUCUACUGCCCAGAUCCUGGGCAACAACGAGAGCGUUGAGCCCUUCACCAGCAACAUGUACAACCGACGUGUGCUCGCCGGAGAGUUCACCGUGGUGAACAAGUACCUCCUCCGUGACCUUACGGAGCGCGGCCUGUGGACGCCGGAGGUGCGGAACCAGAUCAUCGCCGACCAGGGGUCGGUGCAGAACGUGCGCCAGAUCCCGCAGGAGCUCAAGGACCUGUACAAGACCGUGUGGGAGAUCAAGCAGAAGUUCAUCCUCAACCAGGCGGCGGACCGAGGGGCGUACAUCUGCCAAUCCCAGUCCAUGAACGUGCACAUGGCGGAGGCAUCCUUCGGGAAGUUGUCCUCCAUGCACUUCUACGCGUGGAAGAAGGGCCUCAAGACCGGCAUGUACUACCUCCGCACCCGCCCCAAGGCCGACGCCAUCCAGUUCACGGUCGACCAGUCCUCGCUCAAGGUCUCCAGAGAAGAGGCCGCGAAGAGCGGCGCGAAGAGCGGUGCGGAAGGCGGCAGCGCGGGGUUGGAGGUGGAGGAGGAGCCGGAGUGCUUGUCCUGCGGCGCGUAA